GCGGCUAGUUGGGGCGUGGGAGGGGCUUGCUUCCCUCUCAGGCCUCUUUGUGCUCCCUAUCAGGGUACGGAGUACAAGGCCCACGAUUCCACGAUAGCAAGACUUGUCCCACACCAAGGCUGGGCCCGGUACAUGGUUCGAGCCGCACCACAGGGCCUGGUGGCACAGUACCGUACGGUGGCAGGGUGGUGCAAGCAGGACCCAAGCACCCAAGAAGUGUCCACAAUCUUUUCCCCAGAGCUGAUCGCCGCUGGUGCACUGACUGAUUUGAGCGUCCAACAAGCUGGCUUGCCUGGCAAAGGCCUGGCAAGGACGAAGCCCACAUCCCACAUCCAAUAAUACCUUCAGUCACAAACCCCCGUCCUGCCCAUCCCUCCUCGUGCAUUUUUGUCUGGAUGUUCAAGUUGCAUUGCAUAUUGGAUUGGCCUCGCCUCGCCUCGCCGCUCUCGCACUCUGGCACUCUGGGGCCUGCCACCUUACUAGUGUCUACCUCUACCCUACCUAGGCACCUUUCCCAUCCAUCUUCCUCCGAAUAUCUCUCCUGUCUCGAAAACAUCACGUCCGCCCUUCAUCUUCAUCUUCAUCUUCUUCUUCUCCUCUUCCUCUCUACCCACACCUUCCUGCUUCCUUCCACACAUACUCUGCACCAAAGUGGUCUCUAUUUCAUGAUACCCCGACCACGACCCCGACCCCGACCAAUCCGCUCCUGUUCCCCAGCUCUUGGCUCUUGACGACUCGCCAUCUCGCCUUCUCCCACUGCGACGGUAGAUCUCGCACCGUUUCAGGUACCACCCGAGACGCUGCCUCGACCUACCGUAUCGUUACCAUAUUCACCCUGCGGCCUUGCUGGCUACACCAACUCGUCUGCACCAGCACCUACUUGCUUGGCAGCAAGUAUCAAUUUCUCGGCAUUGGUCGUACCUGUCUCAAAGUUCCAUCGUCACAUAUAAUUCACUCGGUGUGCCUUGGACCCCCAUCUGCCAUCCUAUAACUGAGAGGCAUCCUCCCUCCCAGCAUCCAUUUUCCACCCGUCGUGAAGGACCAACACACGAUACUCUGGAGCAGCCCGCGGACAAGGCCAGAUACAGCAGCCAUCCUCCGCUGAGCCCCUCUCGCCCCCUCCCCCAAACCCGACCCCCCGUAUUGGAGGGUGGUGAACUUAACCUCGCCUGCACCUGUGCGAGUGAGUGUCGUCUGCUCAAAUCACGCCCGCGCCCGCGCCCGCGCCCUCGCCCAGCUGCCUCUUUUCCCACCACCUGCCAGAGCUUGCCUGUUCCAGCGUCAGCAACCGGGAACCUUGGGGUUUCGGUACCUCCGGCUCUCCAAAGCGCAGCUCGACCUGGUCGCCCGGCCCUUCUUAGCCGCCUCUUGACGUCUUAGCCUCCCACCCCAGUCCACUCAGACCAGGUGAGGGGCGUCAACCAGGCCUUGGGGAUUUUACUGGGGCAAGCGGCACUACCUCGAAACAAGGACAGCCUUCCAAACUCAAUCUAGUCAUAACCUACCGCCCUCCUUCCUUCCUUCUUCCUCCCCCAAAGUCCGCAAUGGCUUCCUCCAUGCUGGGCCCUCCUGCUCUGUCCCAACAGCCCUCCGCCCCGAUCUCUGCACCCCCAGCCUCAACCGCCGCAACCGCUGCAACGUCCACCUCAGAAUCACUACGCGACGACUGCAGCCUGUCCUCGUCCUCUCCACCACAGUUCGCCAGCAGCCUCUCAAAUCCAAUAUAUGAGGAGAGCGAUGAGGAUUCCGAGAGUGUCGCACACAACGAGCCAGUGACGCCUGUGAGCGGCAGACAGUCCUCGGAAUUCCGCACCCACAGGGGCAAUGACAACCAGGGUCAUCCCGACCUCACUGACUCUUCUCUGAUUCCUUUUCCCUCAAUCGAGUCUGACGGCGCUGCCGUCCCACCCCCAAAAAUCGACCUGCGCAAAGGGCCUUUCGCCAACCAUCACUUCGAGGCCAACAUCAACACCCAGAUCGCUGCUGAUAGCCCGGUCACUCCCCAGGAGACGCCAGCCAGUCCCAGGAAGAGCAUCUCAACGAGACCUAUCUCCCCGCCCUCAACCGCCAGGACAUCCGCCGACGAAUCGCAGCCGGGCUCCGUGCAAGACUCGCGACGCAGCACUCGCGGAUCUACGCACAGCUUCAAACGCACCAUGUCCAACCUCUUCAAGCGCAACGGCCAACAUGGCGACGCCGAUCAGCCCGUGGUGGUUGUCGCUCACCAGGAUUCGCUAGAGGCCAACCGCAGGUGGUCCAUGAACAGGUCAACAGCCACCACUCCCGGUUCCAACACACCUCCCUCGCCCGGCACACGCAUGCAGGACGGCAGCCAGCGCAGUAGUAACAAUCUGCUGCCACCGUCGCCUGAGGAGUUCAUGCACAAGAAGAACCGCGCUUCAACAGGCCUCACACUUCGCAGUCGUGCGGUGAACUUUGCAACGGGCAACGGGCGCAGCUCUAAGAAACAACUAAGCCUGAGGCGGGCUAGCAGUUUCGAUGGCGGCCAAAAAAAACACCAGGCGCAGGAUGGCGAGCUUGGUCCCGCGGCCGUCUUCUACGCGAGACCGGACGUCGGUGUUGGCGUCAAGGCACGGCGACUAAGUCUGAGCUUGCCGGACGAGCUGACCAUCGACGUCGGGGAGCUCCUCAAUGAGUUUGAAUACAAGCAGAAGCAUAUACUUGCGCGCCAUAUGUCGCGACCACUGGGCAAGGGUGCCACAAGUACGGUCCGGAUCAUGUCGCGCAAGGGCUUCCCAGACGAGCUGUACGCUGUCAAGUGCUUCCGCAGCAAGGACAAAUCAGAUACGAAGGAGGAAUAUGAAAAGAAGAUUAAGUCCGAGUACAGCCUCGCCAAGAGCCUGCACCACCCAAACAUCGUUGAGACUGUACGCCUGUGCGUGGACCACGGGCGUUGGAACCACGUCAUGGAGUACUGCUCAGAGGGUGAUCUGCACAGCUUGCUCAAUAAGAAAUACUUGUCCACCGCUGAGCGGGAGAAAGACCGCCUCUGUCUCUUCAAACAGCUGAUCCAGGGGCUCAACUACCUGCACAGCAACGGCAUCGCGCACCGAGACAUCAAGCCAGAGAACCUGCUCUUGACCAGCGACAGCAAGCUGAAAAUCACAGAUUUUGGCGUCACGGAGGUGUUUUCCGGGAUUCACCCCGCCGCGAGGGAAUCGGGCGGCGAGUGCGGCCGACAGAUGAACGGGGAAGUUCGAAUGUGCAAUCCCGGCAUUUGUGGGAGCCAGCCAUACAUGGCCCCAGAAGUCCUGGCUAGGGAUCGGCAGUACGACCCGCGCAUGCUCGACGUUUGGAGUGCUGCUUGCGUGAUGAUCAACAUGUUGACUUCGGCAAACCUCUGGGACAAGGCCGUGUUUGGCGCGGAUAAGUGUGACAGUUAUACCUCGCUCGUUCAAUCCUUCGACAAGUGGAACGCCAAACAUGUCGACGGCAACGCCAUCAUCACCGAGAACGACUACCCGAGCUACCCACCGUUCGACGUGGGCCUCCACCGCCCAGCACUGCGACGUGUUCUGUUGAUGAUGCUGAACCCCAAUCCUAAUAAGCGCUCCACCAUCACUGAGAUCGCCAACGUCCGGUUCAUCAAGAACAUACAAUGCUGCCAACCAGAGAGCUACGACGAUCCUAGUGUGGUCAUCGACGCCACCAAGAGCGCAUCGUUCAAUCUCAAGACCACCAAGACCUUCUGCCACAACCACCUGCCGCCCAAGUGGGAGAACAGCCACUCUCUGCCGCCAAUGCCAGGCAAGGCUGGGUACUGAUUCCCGCCGCCAGCAGUGCAUGCGCGGCUACGGGCUUGGACGGAGGCAGUUCUCAUAUUUUAAUUUCGGAAAUGGGCGUGUUUGCCCGGCACGAGGGACGAUUUACGUGGCAUCACGGCGCAGGCAGGGUAGAGAAAUGGGUGACCUUAGCAUUUGCAGUCAUUGGCACAGGCGUUGAUGGGUGUUCAGGCGCGAUGGCUUCGCGGAACUUGAGAAGAAGACGCGGUUGUGCUAUACUAUUUCAAAAGCCGAGCAGGGGUAAUAGUUGCCGUUUGGUUCACAAGGGCUAAUCCAGCCAAGGUCUCGCUCCCCGCCUUCGAUCCUGAAACUUUUGAUCAGGAACAGGAGCGCUGUAGUGAUGGAGGAAAACAAUAAGCAGCUCUUUAAUCGAUCGGCAGAAGCCCAAAUGUACAUAGUCAAAUGACAGCUGUCUUGCCCACGG